GUGAGUUAUGCGUAUUUUUUACUUCUCUACUUAUAGGAAAAAAAAAAGUUCACUACUAUCCAUGCCAUAUUAUAAAUACAUGAUCCUCAAAGCACUACUUUGAUUACCAUAUUUCACAUUACAAAGUCUGUUCUCUCAGACCCUAGCAAACAUGGAAGUGGAAGGCACUUUGACCGCCACUUCCUUGGAUCAAUCCAAGUCCAACCCGCAGAAGUUCGCUCUCCCGGUCGACUCCGAGCACAAGGCGACGGAGUUCAGGCUCUUCUCCAUAGCCAAGCCCCACAUGCGAGCCUUCCACCUUUCAUGGGUCUCCUUCUUCUCCUGCUUCGUGUCGAGCUUCGCCGCGCCGCCGCUCAUCCCCAUCAUCCGCGACAACCUCAACCUCACCGCCACCGACAUCGGCAAUGCCGGCAUCGCCUCCGUCUCCGGUGCGGUCUUCGCCCGUGUCGUCAUGGGAUCCGCCUGCGACCUCUUCGGCCCUCGCCUCGCCUCCACCGCCCUCAUCCUCAUCACCGCCCCGGCCGUCUACUUCACAUCCAUUGCCAACGACGCCAUUUCCUUCCUCCUCGUCCGGUUCUUCACCGGCUUCUCUCUCGCAACCUUCGUCUCCACUCAAUUCUGGAUGAGCUCCAUGUUCUCUCCCCCCAUCGUCGGCGCCGCCAACGGUGUCGCCGCCGGAUGGGGAAACCUCGGCGGCGGCGCGACGCAGCUUAUCAUGCCGCUGGUGUUCUCCCUCAUACGUGACAUCGGAGCCGCCAAAUUCACCGCUUGGAGGGUGGCGUUUUUCGUUCCCGCUCUGUUCCAAAUGCUCUCCGCCUUCGCCAUCUUGAUAUUUGGCCAGGACACGCCGGACGGGAACUUCCGGGGGCUCGAGAAGUCCGGCGACAAGCCGAAGGACAAAUUCUCCAGCGUCUUCCACCACGGCGUCACAAACUACCGAGGGUGGAUUCUGGCGUUGACUUACGGAUACUGCUUUGGGGUAGAGCUGGCCGUGGAUAACAUCAUUGCCGAGUAUUUCUACGACAGGUUUAACCUGAAGCUGCACACGGCGGGGAUAAUAGCGGCGACUUUCGGGCUGGCGAACGUGGUGUCGCGGCCGGCCGGGGGGAUUCUGUCGGACGCCAUGGCGAAGAGGUUUGGGAUGAGAGGGAGGCUGUGGGGUCUGUGGGUGGUGCAGACUUUGGGAGGGGUUUUAUGUGUGGUUCUUGGCCAAGUUGGAUCUUUGAGUGCUUCAAUUGCGGUUAUGAUUCUCUUCUCUUUCUUUGUUCAAGCUGCAUGUGGGCUUACGUUUGGGGUCGUUCCUUUUGUCUCCAGGAGGUCACUAGGGGUGAUAUCCGGUAUGACCGGAGGAGGAGGAAAUGUUGGUGCAGUUUUGACACAACUAAUAUUCUUCAAAGGAUCGAGAUACUCAAAAGAAACAGGGAUAACUCUAAUGGGUAUUAUGAUCAUAUGUUGCACCCUCCCAAUAACUCUAAUCUACUUUCCGCAAUGGGGCGGGAUGUUCUGCGGUCCGGCGAAAAAGAAAGUGACGGAGGAGGACUACUACUUGUCUGAAUGGAGUUCAAAGGAGAAGGAGAAAGGCUUUCACCUGGCGAGCAUCAAGUUUGCUGAGAACAGCAGAAGCGAAAGAGGUGGAAAAGUGGACUCAGUAACUAGGCCUGAUGAAACCUCACAACCAAAUGUUUAAUAUUAAAAUUAUGGCUGGCUUUACAGAAGAUUUUCUUUAUGCAAAUUAUAUAUUCAGGACCAUAAGUUAUAGUAGCAACUAGUAUCCUCUUUUAACACUUUUGUAAUUAUUAAUUGUUGUUAUACGCAGCCUAGAAGGCUUUGAAAAACACUUUUAGACACUUU